GAGUGGGAAGGUGUGCAGGGGGGAGGGAUGCUUGGAAGGUCACAGACAAGUAUAAAUGCAGUCAAGAGGUCAUUCACAUCUACUCAGGUUGUAGGGAGGUUGUAGUCAGCCACGAGAUGAUUGGCCUGAUUGUUUUUGUGUUCCUGGGUGCUGCAGCUGCAGCCCCUGUGGAUGACAAGAUUGUGGGAGGCUACGAGUGUUCACCUCACUCUCAACCCUGGCAGGUGUCUAUCAAUAUCGGCUACCAUGACUGCGGCGGCUCCCUAAUUAACGACCAGUGGAUCAUCUCUGCUGCCCACUGCUGGCAAAACCCAUAUUCACAGAUUGUCAUCGUGGGCGACCACCACAUCUGGGUUAAUGAGGGCACGGAGCAGUUCAUGUCGGUGGAUGCCAUCUACUGGCAUGAGAGUUAUGAUUAUCAGACCCUAGACUAUGACAUCAUGUUGAUGAAGCUGGUGCACCCUGUCACUGUGAACCAGUACGUCAAACCUAUCGCCCUGCCCAAAGCCUGCCCCACACCUGGAGACAUGUGCAUGGUCUCUGGAUGGGGGAACAUCUACACUGACCAAGUGUUCAACCCAUUUAACCUUCAGUGUGUGGAAGUCCCCAUUCUGUCUGACAAGGAAUGUGAAGGCUCCUACCCCGGGCAGAUCACAGACCGCAUGGUGUGUGCUGGAUACCUGGAGGGAGGCAAGGAUGCUUGUCAGGGUGACUCUGGUGGCCCUCUUGUGUGUAAUGGAGAGCUGCAGGGAAUUGUGUCUUGGGGCCAGGGCUGUGCUCAGCCCAACUACCCUGGUGUUUACACCAAAGUCUGCUCUCUGAUGCCCUGGAUCAAUGACAUUCUUUCCAGUUACAGCUAGACUGUGAUCUCCUAUCACAGAACUACAUGAGAGAGGGGAGACCAGAGAGAGAGAGAGAGAUUGAAAUCGAAGGAGACAGCAACAGGAGGUGGUCGUGGGUAGUGUCAGAAAGAAAAAACAGCAGGAGGACAGACAAGAGAGAGCCACAAGGAAAAACAAAGAGACAGAGAGAGAAAAAGAGAUGUAAGAUGUGAAGGCACUAUCAAUAAAAUCUACCAUGUUGUGAUGCA